GCCCAUCGCCAUGUCCGGACGCGGAAAGGGAGGCAAAGUCAAGGGCAAGUCAAAGUCCCGCUCAAGCAGGGCUGGGCUCCAGUUCCCGGUCGGCAGAAUCCACCGCCUCCUGCGCAAGGGAAACUACGCCGAGCGCGUCGGCGCCGGGGCGCCCGUCUACCUCGCCGCCGUCAUGGAGUACCUCGCGGCUGAGGUGCUCGAGCUGGCCGGAAACGCGGCCCGCGACAACAAGAAGACGCGCAUCAUCCCGCGCCACCUGCAGCUCGCCAUACGGAACGACGAGGAGCUCAGCAAGCUCUUGUCGGGCGUCACCAUCGCACAGGGAGGUGUCCUGCCCAACAUCCAGGCCGUCCUGCUGCCAAAGAAGACCGAGAAGAAGGCCUAA